GUUUCAGUACUGGAUUUGCGCUCUUCACCUCUGCCUGCCGCACCGCGUCCUGAGGCCUCUGGUGGACAGGGCCAGAGAAGAACAAGAACCAGAAGAAGUUUAUUCAGAAACAAUGGAUGACUGACAAAUAAGAAAUAUUGACUUUAUAUUCCCAGGAGCGUCACACCACUAUCUCGCUUUUUUCCCUCUCAGUUUGUGGCUCCAGAGAUUUUCUCGUUCUUUCUUUGGCAAAAAGGAGAGAACUUUCUGUUUUGGGAUUUUUUUUUCUUCCUAAAAAACUUCCAACUUUGCGAAGGAUUUUCUAUUUAUUUUUGCUUUUUCUUAAGAAUCAUAUAUAUACGUCUUUCUCCUCCGAAGACUUGAGUUGGGGAUGUUGAGCUCUGUGAAGAUGGAAGCACAUGAUCUACCAGAGUGGAAUACUUUCUACAGCGAGGCCAGCGAGAUGUAUUCCUCUCCCAGCACCAUGAACUCUGGUCUGGGCUCCAUGGGCUCCAUGGGCACCAUCAACAGCUACAUCAACCUGAACCCGGCCACCGCCUCCCCUGCAGGCAUGAACAUGGCGUACCCGAGCUCCAGCCUCAGCAGCUCCCCAUUGACCUCUAUGGGCUCGGGGCCCAGCCACAUGUCCCUCUCCCCGGUGGCCUCGUCCCUUAGCUCGGGCCCUCUGACCCAGCUAGGCCCCGCCGCUCCGGGCUCCCUGGGCUCCCUCCCCCACUACCAGAACAUGGGCCAGUCCAUGAGCCAGCUGGGCUACGGCUCCACGGCCACUCUGAGCCGGGCGGGGCCCAAGGAGAUCCCCCCGAAGCCGUACCGCCGCUCCCUGACCCACGCCAAGCCGCCGUACUCCUACAUCUCCCUCAUCACCAUGGCGAUCCAGCAGAGUGGCAGCAAGAUGCUGACCCUGAACGAGAUCUACCAGUGGAUCAUGGAGCUGUUCCCGUACUACCGGGAGAACCAGCAGCGCUGGCAGAACUCCAUCCGCCACUCGCUCUCCUUCAACGACUGCUUCGUCAAGGUGGCUCGCUCGCCGGACAAACCGGGCAAAGGCUCCUACUGGACGCUGCACCCGCAGUCAGGCAACAUGUUUGAGAACGGCUGCUACCUGAGGCGCCAGAAACGCUUCAAGAUCGAGGACAAGCUGGCCAAGAAAGCAGGCAAGAGCCAGGAGGGGGGGGGCUCGGGGAAAGGAGAGCACCUGAUGGAGGAGCACAGCCCCACGGGAGGCUCAGAGGGAGCUGACUCCGCCCACUCGGACAACUCCCACCCGGGCUCCUCAGACGACCAGCCGCUCUCUAGAGGCUCCCUGGUCCAGAUAGACUGCCCUCCGCUGUCCUCCUCGCACCUCCACAGCCCGCCUGUCUCCCUGCCCUCCUCCUCCGCCUCGUCCUCCUUGUCCCUUGCCGCCACCACCUCCUCCAACGCUCUCCUCCACUCCCAGUCUUUAGUGGGAAGCGCCCACCUCCUGCCCAGCGCCAUGCACCAACACAUGGACCUACAGAGCGACGCCCUCAAGUCCCUGGACCCCCACUACAACUUCAACCACCCGUUCUCCAUCACCAACCUCAUGUCCAACGAGCAGAAGAUGGACCUCAAGAGUUACCAGGACCAGGUGAUGGCCUACAACAGCUACACCAGCAGCUCUCCUGUAGGAGCCAAGCAGAUCUACGACAGCCAAGGCCCAGCUCCCAUGGACUCCGGCGCUUACUACCAAACUCUGUACAGCCGCUCGGUGCUCAACACCUCCUAAUAAGGACCCCCGCCCCCCAAACACACACACCUGUCUGUCUCUAGAGGUGAGCCAAGAUGGAGACUUCUCUUUCUAUCUGCCUUUUCUAAAAUGGACCCCAGCUCUCUUUAUCUUCUUUCUGUCCCUUCUCAGAGGGACCAAAGAACAGUUUCUAUUUCUAUCUCACCAGAAGAGAAAAGUGUAGCUGGAUAAUUAAAAGUCUUAACUGACGAUGAAGACAUUUGACUCGUCCAAAAAAACAGAAGUCAGAUCCUCAAGAUCUCUUUGCCUGUCGCACAAGCACUGCAACGUGGUGAAAUUGACUUUGUACAAAAUGUAAAUAGAGCUAAUAAGGGGGGAAAAGGAUAUUUGCAUUUAUUUGUGAAGGUAAUAAAUUUUAAUAUAUCUUGUUUAACGAUAUGUCGACCAGUUACAACCCAAAUGUUCGGGUUAUUUUUAAAAUCCAAAGACGGAGAGAGACGACGACGGGCGAAUUUCAGGUUACUGCUUCAGGCAGGUGUUACUGCAGGCGGUGUGUGUGUAUGUGUGUGUGUGUGUGUGUGUUACAGCAUUUCAUAUUACGUCCAACAUUUCUGUCAGAUCAGACAUUUGUCGAUAUAAAUGUAGCUGGAAGUUGUUAUUUUGGUUGAUAUGAAGAGAAAAAACAUUUAGUCCUUAUAGUCCAUUCUUGUGCAGCCAGAAGAAAAAACCAGGCAAAGUAACUGUGGUAAAAACUAUUAAAAAAACCAUGUUGUGUUUGUGUUUUUGUUACCAAACAGGAGCAUUAAAAGCAAAUGCUUGUGGACAGGCUGUAACAUUUUGAAUAGCAGAUAUGUGGAGCGGUGCAUGGGGGAGUUCAGUCAGUUACUUAAACAGUGGAGGGGAGGAGAGAUGCACUAUGGGAGGAUUUACAUACAGUACUUUGCACUAUGGAGCUCCCACUGGCCAGGUGGGCUGAUAGUGUGUGUUACAACAAUACUUAGGAACAGCCUUUACAAUGUCAAUGCAUCAGCUCAGUGGGAUCAGUGUCACAAUGUUAAAGGGUGUCAAAUUACCCUCGCUGUCCAAAAAAAAAGUGCCUUUUUUUUUCUCCCCCGUAUGACUACUGAUCUGAUAAGAGAUCAAUGUAUUGAUGAUCUAUUGAAGAUUUAUUCUGACAAACAGCAGAAGUUUCAGGUCACAUGAUGAUCCAUUUAUUGUGGAUGGAGCAUAUUUUGGUUUUUUUCAAAGAGAGAUGUCUUUUUAUUUAAGCUAUUGUUGCUUUUCAGACUUUGAAAGUGUGCUGAUAUAAUAUAUUAUUUUUUGUCGUUGUUGUUGUUGUUGUUGUUAUUGUUGGUUUAAAUGUGAUUUAAAUGAUUCAUGUUUCAUUUUUUCUUAUUAAAAAGGCAAAAAAUGUGGGAAGAAAUGUCGCAUUUGUUUUUUUAUUUUCCAUCAGUGACACAAAGUGAUGUGAUGGAAAUCAAACACUGAAUGUUGCUUCAUUGUAGAUUUUAAUUAAGUUUUUUUCUUUUUUUUCAUAUGGAGGGGUUAUCUCAAGCUUAGUUUGAUUGAAAGUAC